AUGUGUACAGCACGGAGCCGCGCAAGUGUUGGGAAGUCCCACUUGCCACGCCUGAAGCUGCACUUCGUUUUCCUCCUUUGUACGCUGCUACCACUGGCAGAAGCUGGCAAGGACUACUACAAGAUCCUAGGAGUCAACAAGAAAGCAGACGACAAGGCCUUGAAAAAGGCGUACAAGAAGCUGGCGCUGAAAUGGCAUCCAGAUAAGCAUGUCGAUGACAAGGAGAAGGCGACAGCAAAGUUUCAGGAGAUCGCUGAGGCGUACGAGACGCUGAGCGACCCGGAGAAGCGCAAGCUCUUCGACCUUGGUGGCGAGGAGGCGGUCAAGGGUCAGCCACCUGAGAGUGGAGCGGGCGGAGCGGGACCGGGAGCGGGAGGAACAGGCCCCGGAGCGCAGUUCUCCUUCAACGGUCAGAACGUCCAGGUUGAUCCAGAGACGUUCCAGAAGAUGUUCGGCAGCAUGUUUGGAGGCUUCGGCGGCUUUGGCUCCGGCUCGGCCUUUCCCGGCUUCGGCGGGCCCGACGUCGCAUCCGCGAAGGCCCCGAGGCCCAAGCAGGGCGGGCCGCUGUUCGCCGGCACGGCCGUGCAGGAGCUGGCCUUCGAAGAUCACGAUGCGCAGAUCAAGGCGCUGCGGCGCAAGGGGCCCGCCCUGGUGCUGCUCUAUGCCAGCGGCGGCCGCAGCUGCCCGGAGGCCUGCCACCGCAUCCGCGAGGCCUACGUGAAGUUGGCCGCCAAGGAAACCGCCGCAGCGGUGCAAUGCAAGCGUCGGCAAGGCAUGUGCGCGGAGUACGCGGACAAGCUCCCGGCAGUCCUCUUUGUACAAGGCGGCCGAGAGAAGGUGCUCUCCACGGGGACGUCUCUGUCCCUCUCCUUGCUCCAGAAGAAGGUCGCGAAGGCUUUGGCCGAGCAGUUGGAGUUGACAGCGGACGACUUCGAAGGAGGAGAUCCGUGUGAAGGGCAGUUCUGCCUGCUGCUCCUACACCGGGGCGAGCGUAAAAACGCCAUCUCUGCCCUCACAGCCGCCAAAGAGCGUCUGAAGAAUGAGCCGAUCCGGGUAUUCUCUGUCUCUGCAGAGAAGCACCCAGACUUUGCCCGGCCCUUCGAGGGCACUUCGCUGCUUGGAGGCCUGCUGCGGAAGCCUGCUGUGCGUGUGGUUCUCUACCGGCCGAAACGCAGAAGCUUCGAGGUUUUCGAGGGGAGCUGCGAAGAUGCCAAUGCCAUGGCCGACUUUGCGCAGAAGGCCAUCAACAGGGGAACCGCGCUGCCUGAGAAGUUGACCAAGCUGCCCAUCAUCAGCUAG